CGCCGGGAGGGGGCUGGAGCCGGGUCCGGUGCCCGGGAAAGCAGAGGAGGAGCGACGGCAGGAAGGGAUCUGAACCUCUUCUCCUCCGGGCAGCAUUCGGGAAACCGAGGAGGGAAGGGGCGAGGAGGACGAGGAAGCAGGCGGCGCAGGGAGGGAGUCCCGGAGCCGGCCCUCCCCGCCGCGGCGGAGGGCGGACCACGAUGCCCGGCCGGCGAGCGCUGCCUUCUCGCCCUCCCGGAGACCGCCGCCCGUAGCGGGGCCGCCGCGCCGCGGGGAUAUAAAGUUUUGAACAGUGCCUCCCCAAGAAGUGCGAUAAGAAAUGGCUUUAGGAAACAAUACCCAGAAAAGUUAUUCCAUCAUCCCCUGCUUCAUCUUUGUUGAGCUCGUGAUCAUGGCUGGGACUGUUCUGCUCACCUACUACUUUGAGUACACUGACACUUUUCAGGUGCAUAUCCAAGGUUUCUUCUGUCAGGAUGGCAAUUUGAUGAAGCCGUACCCUGGGACAGAGGAUGAGAGCUUCAUUUCUCCACUUGUGCUGUACUGUGUGCUGGCUUCAACUCCGACAGCGAUUAUUUUUAUUGGUGAGAUAUCCAUGUAUUUCAUAAAGUCAACCCGAGAAACACUCAUUAUUCAAGAGAAAACUAUUUUGACCGGAGAGUGCUGUUACCUGAACCCACUGCUUCGAAGAAUAAUACGUUUUAUAGGAGUGUUUGCAUUUGGACUUUUUGCCACUGACAUCUUUGUAAACGUUGGCCAGGUUGUGACUGGGAACUUGGCUCCCUACUUCCUGACUGUGUGCAAACCCAACUACACUGGGAACGACUGUCGGGCCCACCACCAGUUCAUAAACAAUGGCAACAUCUGCACUGGGGACAUGGAGGUGAUUGAAAAGGCCAGGAGAUCCUUUCCAUCCAAACAUGCUGCUUUGAGCAUCUACUCAGCUUUAUAUGCCACAAUGUACAUCACAAGCACAAUUAAAACAAAGAGUAGCAGGCUAGCCAAGCCCGUGCUCUGUCUGGGAACCCUGUGUGCUGCCUUCCUCACUGGGCUAAAUCAAGUGUCUGAGUAUCGAAACCACUGUUCGGAUGUGAUUGCAGGCUUCAUCCUGGGGAGUGCUGUUGCCUUGUUUCUGGGGAUAUGUGUUGUCCAUAACUUUAAGGGCAGUCAUGCAGCUCCUUCUAAACCGAAGCCUGAAGACCCACGAGGAAUGCCACUAAUGGCUUUUCCCAGAGUGGAAAGUCCUCUGGAGACAUUGAGUGCACAGGUAAAUGCAAUUCUGGGAACAAGGAGAAACUACAGUUUAUGUGAAAUACACUGGUAUAAUUAUAUGGUCUUUAAACUGAACUUCCUUUAUUAGAUGGCCUGUCACACAUCAUGAAUGAAUCACUCUGUCUCUAUGACUGAAGUAACCUGAGAUGGGAGAUCGGCAGCUGAAGCUAUUUUUUACUACCCUCCAGUAAAAUACUCCAAGACACACAGUUACUAAAUGUCUAACUGUGAUGACCAGUAUUAUGUUAUGUCUAGUUAGAGGCUAAUGUUUUGUACUUUUUUUGUAUGAGGAAGUGAUGUAGCUUGCCCUGAUUUUUCUGUCAGCUUUAAUAUUAUUAUGCCAGACUUUAAAAGCAAAAUGGAAAAAGAACAAAAAAACCCCUUUUCUUGUUUAAAGUGUGCACUGAGGAACUACAUUUAUGGAAUUGUUGAUGUUGUUAUGUGAUAUUUGUACACAAUUUUUUUUCUUCUCAGUUUUGAAUUUAUAUAUCUUGGGGGAAAAAAAUUCACUUUUACCUUUUCUUACCAUAAGAAGCGCUGGGUCAGAUUCUCAUCUGAGUAAACUCACCAUGGAUCUAAAGUAAUUGCAUCUAUAUAAUUCAUAUUAAAAUAACAACGAUCAGGAAUCUAACCUAAAUGAUACUAUAGACAAGAAACAAAAAUCUAUUCCUGAUUCAGUGAGCUAAUUAAGUAUUCCCUAAGAGUUAAUGGACUUCAGUUACCACCCAGUUUCCAGACUAGAAACAUGUACUUAAGCAUCUCACUGAAUCAAAGACUGAUGGUUCUAGUGUGGGUGAUUGUGCCAAUUAUUGAAGAAUAACUAAAAUAACAUCCUUGGUCUGCAUCCUUGAUCUGCAGUAUAGACAGCCUGGACAUCAAAAUUUUUAGUAGUAGCUGAUCCAUGUGAGCUGACUAUAUCAUCUCCCUAGAUCCUCAUUCCUUCCCGAGGCCCAGCUAAAGCUCCCAGUGAAACCUGGCUUCAGGAAUUGACUAUGGGGAUAUACAGCCACCACUGCGGGGCUGAAGCUGUGCUUUAAGUGUUUCAUCACUUCAUCAUAGGUUUGUGGAGUAACUAGUGACACUGGUGCAAAGGAAAAGUGAUGCCACUCCUUCACCAGGCAACGUUCCUUGGCAUUCCGAUUGGCAUAGCCAAGAAGCCAAUUUUGCCACCUAAAAUGUAUUUUUUUUCCUGAGGGGCUUUGACAAGAAAGA